CAGUUGUCUGUUGGCCAGUGUGGUGAGUGUUGGCUACUGCUACCUCUAUGUGUCCAGCAGGUUAUCCUAGGUGCACCAAGGAUGCCAACUAAUAAUGGAGUAGAACGUGAAGACAACAGGACUAGUCUGGCUCACUCUAGAAUGGAAUAGACUGUUAUAAAAUAGCAAAGUAGGUCGUCUGUAGCUUGGCCUCGUCUCCUGUCACCCCUGGUGUGACGGGGCAGUCACAAGACAUAACCUUGCUGGUGGAAGGUGGGAAAACCUGGCAUCUGGCACUAUGAUGUCCCACGCCUCCUCCUUGGAUGAGAUCAGUGCCAGCUAUGACGUCAAACUUGUGGACCCGGCCUCAGUCCCCAAGAUUCUGUAUGGGCACAAAGAAUCAAUAGAGUCGCUGGUGGACUUCGAGUGGACCCAGGAGUCCAGAGUACUUGUACUGUACACGGGAGGAACCAUAGGCAUGGUCCGUAACGAGAGGGGAAAGCUGGUGCCCAUCCCUCAGGAGCUGGAGCUUAAUAUCCGACGCUUCCCUCACAUGCAUGACGAGAUCUACUCAGCCAAGCGCUUCAACAGCUUCAGCAACCCUCCUCUCGUCCUUCCAGACUGUAAGGACAAGUGUCGAGUGGUUUAUUGGGUUUACGAGUAUGAUCCCCUCCUUGACUCUUCCAAUAUGACGAUGGAUGACUGGAUUCGCAUUGCUAAGGAUAUUCGGGGUGUAUAUGAGAUGUUUGAUGGAUUUGUGGUGUUGCACGGGACUGACACUUUGGCCUACACAGCUUCAGCUCUGUCCUUCAUGCUUGAAAACUUGGGCAAGCCUGUUGUCAUUACUGGUUCUCAGAUCCCCAUUUUUGAGACUCGAAGCGAUGGAAGGGACAACUUCAUUGGGGCAGUGAUAAUAGCGGGGAGGUAUACAAUCCCUGAAGUGACAGUAUUCUUUAAUAACAAGCUAUACCGUGGGAACCGCACAACUAAAGUAUCUACAGGCAGACUUCAAGCCUUCGACUCUCCAAACAUGUCCCCACUGGCUACUGCUGGCAUCUCCAUCCAGGUUGAUUACCGCUCUGUGUUUCAUUCAACCUGCCUGAAGAAAUUUACAGUAUUUGACAGUCUAAAUCGUCACGUGGGUAUUCUGAGGAUAUUUCCCUCUAUAUCUGCUGAGACUGUUUCUGCAUUUCUCCAGCCUCCUAUGGCUGGAGCUGUCAUUCAAACUUACGGUGCUGGUAACAUGCCCUCUAACCGCACUGACAUUAUCAAGGUGCUGGAAGAAGCAACUGAGCGAGGAGUGAUCUUGGUUAACAUUACUCAGUGUAUGCACGGCUCUGUAGACACCAUUUAUGAGACAGGAGAGGGUCUGGUGCAGGCUGGAGUGAUGGCAGGUCUGGACAUGACACCUGAAGCAGCACUUACCAAACUUAGCUAUGUCUUGGCCAAGAAAGAAUGGGACAGUGAUGCCAAGAAAGCGAUGAUGACCACAAAUCUACGAGGUGAAAUGACUGUAGUUAACCAGGAAGAUGAGGAGUCGAGGGAAUUGGAUGUCAUAAGCUCCAUAGCUCGUGCUCUCCAUCUGUCCUCUAGUGAAGAUAUUGAACAUGUCAAGGAACUUCUCAUUCCCACACUUUUCUUCUCUGCAAUUAGUAAUGCCGACUUAAAACGGCUGGAAGAAAUUUACCGUAAUGGUAUUGAAAUUAACCUGCAGGAUGCCUCUGGCUGGACAGCUUUACACAUGGCAUGUAAUGAGGGACUGACUGAUGUGGUGACAUGGCUGCUGAAGCAUGGUGCCUCAGUACACAUCAGGGACAGGCUGGGACGGACACCCCUCAGUGUGGCCAUUGAGAAUGAUCACCACAAGGUAAUUGAGCUGCUAUUAAAGACGGGAGCACAUCUUACUGAAUCUACACAAAAACUUGGGGAGGAACUUGUGACAGCAGCAGGAGUGAACAAUAAGAAAAGGCUUAUGUCGUAUUACCUGGCUGAAGCAGACCUCUCUAACAGUGACCCUUGUGGCCGUACUGCCUUACAUGCUGCUUGCACAGUGGGAUCAGUGGAAUGUGUACGUUUCCUUUUGGAUGCUAAUGUUCCUACUGAUGUGCGUGACCGUACUGACCUCACACCAGUUAUGUGUGCUGAGAUCAAUAACAACCAGCACUUGGUGGAACUGAUAGCUGCCCAUGAGGAGAUAAAUGAGGAAGUGCGUCACAGCGUGAGACACUGAGAACCACCACAAAGAACAUAAUCACUCCCAAUAGAUCUAUAUUCCUUAUAUACUCUUACUUCUUUCUGUAGAUAAUCAGUGGGUAUUACUACAAAGAAAAUGGUACUGGUAGGCUACCAUAUUAAUAUCAUGCAGUGUUAUAUAAUAAAAAUAAACUCUUUGCUAUAUGUAUAAUUAUGAUUCAUUAACUUUGUAAAUAGCUGUAGGCAUUGUUAUUUAAUCUAUAAGUGUCCAGUUUUAAUAUUCAUUAUAAUAGCUUCUAAUCAUAAAGUCAUGUAUACAGUGUUUCAUAUAAAUAACAAUUCUAUAGAAUAUAGAAAUCCAUGUAGAAAGUAAACUCUGUUUAAAAUAACAUUUUGCUAUCCAUGAUACUAUUAUCAAAGCCCUAUAAGGCAAGGAAGUCAUUUUCUGAAAAAAAUUCUAAUUUCUGUAUAGUGUCCUAUAUACUGUACAUACUUCUUUUCUCUUUGAAAUGUAUAUAGUAUAUUGUAAAUUUAUUUUCAUCAUUAUUAUAUUUUUGUAAUUUAGUAUAUAAAUCAUGAUCUAAAUGAAUUUCCAAGAUUUUCUGUAUCACAUUCAAACCCAUGAUAUUUCUGUAUCACCUUCAAAUCCACAGUACUGUAUUUCAACAGUAUUAUUACUUUAUUAACUAAGAUUUGAAUAAUGGCUCAGCAACAUGGAUUUUUUAUUUUCCUGUUCAAAGGUCCAGCUUUUAGUUUGGAAACUAUUUGUUGUUUUAUGCUAGUGUAAUGGGUGUAUAUGUUAUGAGUGGAGGGAUGAGAGCUUGAGAUGAAUAUAGUAUUGUGUUUGUGCUCCAUUUAGUUUGUACAAGAAGCAGAGAAGAUCCUUCCUCCGUAAACCAUGCAUGUCGUAAGAGGCGGCUAAAAUGCCAGAAGCAAGGGGCUAGUAAACCCGUCUUUUAUGUAAAUUACUAUAUGUAAAAAGAAGAAAAACUUUCUGAAAUUGUUUCUUCUUUUUUGGGUCACCUGCCUCGGUGGGAGACAGCUGGUGUGUUAACCCUUCGACUGUCGCGGCCGUAUAUAUACACCUACCAUCCGACUUACGACCUGCUCGACUUACGACCACUCGACUUACGACCGUGUUUUUUAUGCCAAAUUUCUGGGAAAUAAACAACUAUUUGUGUUGUACACAGUGUUUAUCCUAAACCUUACAGUAUAAAAUACAGUACUUACAGUAUAAAAAAUAAAGUAAAACAUGAAAUACCAAAAUAAAACAAUAAAAUAGUCAUUACAAAAAUGUUUUGUUGAUAUUCAGUAGUAAAGUUCGACUUACGACCAUUUCGGCUUACAACCAGUUUCUCGGAACCGAACUCGGUCAUAAGUCGGAUGGUAGGUGUACGUUUUAUGAGGUACCGUGUUUGACAUAUAUAUACUGUACUCAUAAAUUCUAGCGGCAUCAAAUCAAGCAGGAGAAAGCUGGUAGGCCCACAUGUGAGAGAAUGGGUCUGUGUGGUCAGUGUGCACCAUAUAAAAAAAAAUCCUGGAGCACGCAGUGCAUAAUGAGAAAAAAAAAACUGGCCGUUUUUUUUAAUUAAAAUGCCGACUUUGUGGUCUAUUUCCGUAUAGUAUUUAUGAUUGUAUUCUCGUUUUCUUGGUCUCAUUUGAUAGAAUGGAAAACAUAUUAUAGAAAUAGAGGUGAUUUUGAUUGAUUUUACUAUAAAAAGAAACUGGAAAUGGAGCUCAAAGUAGGGGAAAUGUUUGAUUUUUGCCAAUGUUCAAAAGUAAACAAAUGAUGUCAUUGUCCAAUAAAUGUCCAACUAGCCAUUCUAAUAUGCAGUCAUGAAUGGGUUGAUGUUAUUUAUACAAUUAUUACAGUAUUACUGUAGUCUGCAUAAUAGUAAGUCUUCUAUUUUUUGUUUGAAUAAAAAUUCAAAAUAGAAAGCAAGAGUAAUAUCAGAGGGGCCUGGAGACAUGACUGAUGAACAAAGAAAAUGUUAUUUUAGAGCCAGGAAUGUCUGCAUUGUUCAUUCUGGACCUUAUUUUGAAAUAGUCAUAUUUUUAAUUUUCAUGAAAUUGGCCAAAUUGCAAAUUUCUGACCACAUUAUUGGGUAGUUGAAAUCGGUAAAUGGGCAGUUUCUUGUACUCAAUCGAUAGAAAAAAUGGAGUUCUAAAGAAAUACCUAUGAGUUUGGUCGACUGGAAGAACGGAAUUAGCCAAAAAUAGGGCUCAAAGUGGGCGAAAUCGCCAAUUUGUAAAUAUCACCGAGGUCACUAACUUCGCUAGAGCAUAAUUCCGUCAGUUUAUCAUCAAAUUUCGUUUUUUUUUGUGUCAUUACAAUCAGGAAAGGAUUCUCUAUCAUUUCAUAAGAAAAAAUAAUUUUUUUUUUUAAAUUUGCAACACCAGGAGACGCCUCAGGAUUGGGGGUUGCAACAGUCAAGGGGUUAAAAAACAUACUUUUUCUGUUGCUAAUCUUAUAAUAUUUGUGGGUGUGCAAGCUUAGGUAUAUGUGAGGCUGACUAAUGUGUUGUGAUUGUGUUGGGGACUAGUACAUAAAUAUAAAUGUGUAUGGGUGUAUAUGGGUGUAGCUUGACUGAUAGUGAAGUAAUUAUUUUGGUAUGGCAGGAAGAGAUUUUUAAUUUGUUUGAAUUUCCUUUCUCAGGAUGCAUUGUGAUCAAUUAAUUUCUAAAUUUUGAAUAUGAGCACAAUCUAAUGAUUGUGUUGCAAUGUAUAAUGAAUGUGUUGAAAUGUACAAUGAAUAAUUUGUUGUAUAAAAAUUAAAUGUUUCAUAAUGAAUUGCAUUACUCUAAGAAAAACAAUCAUAUAUGUAAAAUUUAGAAGGGGAGUCUGAUGUCCAACACCUGACAGCCAGAAAGGAAGCAUCAGCAUGGGAAGUCCUUGCAGAAUUUUGGGAGAAUAAGAUAUGCUGUGAGUAGAGAAGUUGGAAGGGGACAGCACUACAGCUGGUGGCUGCUCCUGCAAGGUUUUGUGAAAAAGGAUCUUUUCUUAGGAAAGAAUGAAAAGCAGGGGUGUCGUGCAUACACUAAGAGACAACACAAAUGUCAGGGGUCAAUACUGACUGUCUUCAAGAGGGAGCUGGACAGGCACCUAAAGCAAGUACCUGACCAGCCUGGCUGUGGUUCAUAUGUUGGUUUGUGUGCGGCUGGCAUUAAUAGCCUGGUUAAUCAGGCCCUGAUAUACUACGAGGCCUGGUCAUGGACCAUACUGCAGGGGCAUUCACCCCAGAACACCUUUCAGGUAUACUUCCGGUAUAUGCAUGUGGUUGUUUCUAUUACUAAGUAAAAUAGCAGGCUGACUGUAUCUUGAAGGUGUGUAGCGUAACAUUAAAUUCUAAUAUCAUUACUAUGCUUACAAAACUGCAUAAAAGUAUAAAUAUAUUUUAAAA